AAUUAAUGUCAUUCACGUAGCCAUCGCUACAUUCAUCGUCAGUACAAUUUCCUUAAGCUCUUUCCUUAGUAGCCACGCCGGCAAAUAACCAGGAGUCAAUCUGCUCUACCACAAUCCUCGAAGGGACCUUCUAUCGCAAUAGAUACGACUAAAGAACUUUGAUGCGGAGUAGCAAGUACCUCAAGUAGCCUACCUACCCGAGUCCGUCCUUGAUGAGGACCGGUGUGGUACAUUUAUCUUACUCGUUACUGCUCCGCAAGCGGAAAUCUCAGUAACCUCAACGAUGGCUCGGUAUGACAGCAACUUGGAAGCGUGUACGCAAGACCACCGAGACAAGAACACGGGUGAGUCGAGUAGUCCACAGAGCCAAAGACCGGCUACUACUACAACGAGUACGAAGAAAUCGACCAGACUAGAAGAGCUAAAGACUAAUAAGGGCCUCCAACCUACCACUGACACGGAUCUACACGGUUCUCCUACUAGGAGCCAUGUCAAGACCAGAUCAAAUGGUCAGCAGCUUCAAAAGUCGAGGCGCCAAAUCGGCCAACAUGGGGUUGGGUCGUCAUCGAACAAGAGAUCGACAAACUCCUCCACGCGUGGAGCGAGGCCAUCCCGGUUGUCCCGCUACGGGAGAUUUCUCACGGCUCCUAAACCCUCCGGUGGUCAUCCCGCACCUAGACUGCCGAGAUGCGUAUGGUCACUCUUAUCCAUGCCUCUGACGCCGCCGAAUGUCCCGAUCGUUGCGGUUACAAACCCGCAAGGUGUGGUCAAAUACCCCUUUGAUCACAAUUAUUAUGAUAGUACGGAUAGCGAGGAUAGCGUGUCUAGUAGUUCGGACGGGUGGGAGAGCAUGGACACCUCGGAUAUGGAAGACUAAGCUACGUGCCGCUUUCCGAAUGUUUAACAGGCUCUGGAACUUCACAGGCACAUAUUAGCCUGGGCUCAUGAAAUGAAAUAAAAUAAAAUUUCCAAAC